GGGAGGGACGGGGACUCGGCGCGGGGACCUUCACGCGGGUGGCGCGGGGUCGGCGCGUGCCGAGAGGGGGGCUGACGCGGCACGUGACGAUCUGCCCCUUCCCCCCUCCACAGGGAUCCAGCUGGGGGGGGGGGGGGGGGGGGAAGCAAAGCCCCCAUCCCCAAGCACCCCAGCGUGGGGGCCAGGGCCAGGAUCCACUCGGUGCAGGAUCCUGAGGAUCUGGCCCGCGGCGCCCGCAGGUGAGGGAUGCGCCUGCCCGGGGCCAUGCGGCUGGUGCGGUUCCGGGGGGCCGCAGGGGGCGAAGCCCGCCUGGGGCUGGAGGAGGCGGCCGGGGGGAGCGUGGUGGACCUGAGCGUGGCCGAGCCGGCGCUGCCCCGCUCCAUGCGCGCCUUCCUCGAGAGCGGCCAGCACGGCCUCGCCGCCGCCCAAAGGGCGCUGGAGUCAGGCCGGCAGCGGCUGCCGCGGGACAGCGUGCGGCUCCUGGCGCCCGUUGGGGACCCCGAGAAGGUGAUCUGCGUCGGGCUCAACUACCGCGACCACUGCCUGGAGCAGAACGCGAAGGUCCCCAAGGAACCCAUCAUCUUCAACAAGUUCCCCAGCGCCAUCAUCGGGCCUUUCGAUGACAUCGUGCACCCCGAGGAGAGCAGCGAGGUGGACUGGGAGGUGGAGCUGGCCGCCGUCAUCGGCAAGAAGGGGCGGCACAUCGAGGAGUCAUCAGCCAUGGAACACGUGGUGGGCUUCACGGUGGCCAACGACGUCAGCGCGCGGGACUGGCAGCUGAGGAACGGGAGGCAGUGGCUGCUGGGGAAAACCUUCGACACCUUCUGUCCCCUGGGGCCGGCUCUUGUCACCAAGGACGCGGUGGCAGACGUCCACAACCUGAGCAUCCGCUGCAGCGUCAAUGGGCGUCCGAUGCAGGACAGCAGCACCAGCCACCUCAUCUUCAGGCUGCCCCAGCUCAUCGCCUGGGUGUCCCGCUUUGUCACACUGGUCCCCGGGGACAUCCUGCUGACCGGAACCCCCGCCGGGGUCGGGUUUUUCCGGAAACCCCCGGUGUUUCUUAAGAGAGGAGACGAGGUGCGGUGCGAGAUCGAGGAGCUGGGUGCCAUCUGCAACAAGGUGGUGUGAAGACGGAGAGGCCAAAUCUCCCCCCUGUCCCCCAUCGCGAUGGGGCUGCCUUCCCCACCCCACGGGGGUUCAAAAUAAAUCCACGAGCCAGGUCCGGUA